AUGCCUGCCGCGUCCCUCGAUACUGCACGCUGGACGGCGUCUAAGGUCGUGCUGCUUGACAUUGAGGGAACCAUCUCAAGCAUUUCCUUUGUCAAGGAUGUCAUGUACCCAUAUGCCCUUGAUCGCCUCAGGAGACUAGCACGCGACUCAUGGUCCGGUUCGGACUUUCAAGACCUUGUUGCGGGGUUUCCGGCAGAGACUAGACAGGACGCUGAUUCUCUCCUUGCUCAUGUGGAGGAUUUGACGCGACGAGAUGUCAAGGCCGUGUACCUGAAGCAGCUUCAAGGACACCUUUGGAAGACCGGGUUUACGGAGGGAGACCUGAAGACCCCACUCUUCACCGACGUCGUCCCCACGCUCACAUCAUGGAAGGCCUCGGGGCGUACGCUUGCGAUCUUCUCCUCCGGUAGCGUUCAGGCUCAGCUCCAGUUUUUCACAUACAUAGAGGAUGGCGCGACAACCAAAGACGUGAAGCCACUCUUUUCAGCGCACUACGACACAGUGAAUGCCGGACCAAAGCUGGAGGCAGUCUCAUACGAGAAGAUCUGCCGCGAGAUGGGCGUGGACGUGAAGAAAGUCACUUUCCUGACCGACAACGCCAAAGAAGCUGCGGCUGCGACUGCGGCGGGUAUUUACGUGGUCGUUGUUGAUCGGCCUGGGAAUGCGCCGUUGUCGGAGGAGAGCAGGGCGACGUAUCCCGUGAUCACGAGCUUGACAGAUCUGCCCGCUCUCUUGUAG